AUGACUACCAAAAUGGCAUACUAUUUUAUUUGGAUAAUAAUUGACUUGCGCGAACUUUUCAAUACAAUAAUUAUCGACAAUUAUGAAAAAUCUAAAAUAAUGGCUAUCAUCAUAACGUCAUUCUACUUAUCACAUCACAUUUUCAAAUUCCUGCUUUUUAAUUAUAUGUGCGAAACAGUCAGUAUUAAGGCAAACGCAACAGCAAAUUUAUUAAAUAGAUUAUCAUGUACCACUUGUGAUGUUGAAAUUCGUGAAAUCAUUUCACAAUUUUUAUUGCGAAUAAUUCAUACGCCCCUUAGAUUCUGUGGAAUCGGACUUUUCCAAUUUGGUUUCAAAUUUCUUCAUAAGUUUAUCACAUCUCUUGUGACUGUUUUAGUUAUAAUAAUACAAGCACAAGCAAAUAAGUAA